AAAACAACAGGGGCUAAAUUGAAAAUUUGGGCAAAAUUAGGAGACGAGCGAAAUUUGCUUGCCCCAUUUUUCCUGAAAAUGAAUUGCAAGCAAACUGCAAAACCAUGGCAAAAAAGGAAGCGGCUAUGGCGCUGCCACGAGGUUGAAUUUACCAUAUAUUUACCCAAACGAAUUGAAUUGAUAAACCCCUCUGAACUCACUCCUUCUCUCCAAUUCCAUGGCCAUGCCAACAGAAAAUUAAACAAUCACAAACAAAACAUCGAUUGAAAAUCAUCAAAUUCCAAAACCAAUGGACCACUACAAGGUUCUGGGGUUGCCAAGGAGCGCGAGCAAAGAAGAAAUCAAGGAAGCGUUCAGGAAACUGGCGGUGAAGCUGCACCCAGACAAGCACUCCCACUCCCCCAAGGCCGUGAGGGAGAGCACCACCCUCAGAUUCAAACAGGUCUCCGAGGCCUACCAGGUCCUCAUCGACGAUCGCAAGCGCGCCGACUAUAAUUUCCGGAGCUCUCGCUCCCACAAUUACAAUGCAAAUACUAGUAAUUACGGCCAUGGUUAUGGUUAUGGUUAUAGUGCUACCAAUUAUGGAGGCAAGUACAGAAGAGCCUCCUCUGGAGGCUCUGGAGCUUCCUCUGCGUUUGAGAAUGUGCUUCGCUACGUCACGACGCGAGCGUUUCUUCUGAAUCUCUCCGUUGCAGGGGCUUUCUUAGGAGGCGUGGUCGUUGUUAAUAGGGGCUGGGAUGCUCUAUGGAAGAUGCAUAAUUCCGAGAAAUCAUUUGAAGAAACAAUGAGAUCCCUUGAAAGAUCCAAAGUACGUAAAGAGAAGCCGUAGGAGGUGGCCAUUAAACCUAGUUUGCCUUCUUCUUAUUGUACUUAGAAGUCCUCUUGGUCAAAUCACCACAUUUGUCUGCAGAUAAAAGCAAAAAGUUCUCAUUAGUUUAUGAGGACAGAGUAUGUCGCUUUAUAAGUAUUUGUAUAAUCUAUCUGUGCUUGAUUCGUUAUUGUUUUUUCCUUCUGAAACAAUAAUAUAUUUGUUCAUGUACAUAAAAAAUAGUUACAAUAAAUGGAACAUUUUAAGUAUCAUGUAUUCAGGUUAUGUAUUAUAGAUAUUUUCCUGAUGUAUACACACACAUUCACACAACCACAGUAAUCAUUCCAUUACAUUUUAUUGUAAGUAUAUUAAAAUUGCUAUAUUUAUGUAUGAAAUAGAGUCCUUUUUUGUCCAGUUAAAAGCAAAGAGCUCUUACUGGUUUUUGAAGAUGGAGUAUGUUGCUUUUAAAGUAUUUGUAUAAUCUGUCUAUACUUAACUCAGUAUUUCUUUCUCGGUGUUUAUUUUUUUCUCUUUCUGAAGAAUAAUGCACUUUGUUCAUGUGGACAUAUAUUACAAUGAUUGGAAUUCUUCAAUUGUCAUGUUAUUCAAGUUAUGUGUCAUAAAAAUUUCUUGAUGCAUCAAUAAACUCACACAUCCACACAAGCACAUUAACAUGUCCCUUGCAUGUAAGUGAUAAGCAGAGUUAUUUUGGUAAAAUAACUUAAAAUGUUAAAGUAUUAUACAUAAAACAAAAGAAAAAUAAAUCUAGUUGUAUAAAUACUUUUAGUUGGAGUUUUGAAUAUUGAGUUUUUAUUGAGAAGGUGUUCAAUGUAAAUUUAUUUUUAUUAAAUGUUAUUCUCAACCCUUCUUUCUAUUUUGGCACAAAAGGAAAGCUUUGUUCUCUUACUUUUCAUUUUUUAACAGACAAGGAUCUGUGUCUUCCUUAAUCUCUCUUCUUUUCCUUAAAGCCUCUCUAUGUUACAUUCUGAUUUUCUUUUUUCUUUUUUUGCCUGUUAUGAUGGUUUCUGAUUAUUUGGAUUUUGGUUUGUUCCUGAAGAAGAAGGAAACAGGUCGAGGAGGCCUAUUUCUCAAGAUAAUCUGAGAUGGAUUCUCUUAGAUCCAGGAAAACCUAGUUUUUAAAAAAAAAAAACAAAUUUGUAAUAUAACCAGGAAUCCACCAAUCCGCAUUGCGGACUCAGGUUUGAAACUGGGCCCCCCGCCAAGCCCUACAAUCUUUUGGGAGGCAGGAAACACUAGAAAAUUGCUAGAUACGUAGCUUUGGGUGCUUUUGAACCUCAGACCACAUGGGAGCAAACCGUGAGCCUGACUGUUCCAACUGACCCGCGUUAGUGGUUUUCUUGUGAUUAUCAGAGUUGGUUUAUUUUUAUCUAGUUUCUUUCUGAUUAACCCUUUUGUUUUACUCUCUUGAAUUUGUGGAUAAAGGUUGGGUUGUAGUCGUUUUCAUAUGCUUAUGUAGUGAUGUGUAUAUUUAAGGGUACUGGACAAGAAAAAAUGGUUAGUGCGGAGGAUCGGAUUUCGGUAUUUGCCGGUUGAUUAUCUGCUAGAAGGAGAAGGAUUUGGUGGGCUCUUGCUAAGAAUUUAAAUUUAGCUGUGAAGUGAAGCCUUCAAUUUUUUUAUUUGUUUUUAAUCAUUGGGAGGUUAAAUCUAUUCUGAUGAUUCCAUUUCUUGCUGCUGCUCGUGUUUUAUUUUAUUGUGAUGGCAUAAUCUGUUUAUAAUGUUAUUACAUUUGUGUGAGGAUUGGUGUACCAGUGAUAUAGCAAAAGAAGGGAUAUUGAAAGAUGUUUGAGGUGGAUGAAAAUUUGAGCUUAUUGAUCAAAUGUUACAGAGAAAAGAAAUGGAUAGAACACAUGCUCAAGCUAGUAACAGGCCCUGGGAAUUUUUCAUCAGAUUCCGCUGAGGUGGUGCCUUGAAAAUAUGUUUCCUUCAGCAAAGGAAGUUUCAACAAUACUGGUAUUGAAGUUAGUCUGUUGACCAUGUAAUCAGAAGAAGAUAAUUCUGAAGGAGCUUAUUUGUUGAUGCCCUAGAGUAUGGAAACUGUUCCUAUUUCUAGUGAUGCUCUGGUUCUGGAAAAGUGAGGAAAAUGAAAUCUGAUGGAAUGUUUAGUGGCUUCAGUUGCUAACAUGAGAGGUUGGGUCUGUAAUAAGCUUGCCGGAUGUCGUGGAGAUUGGAAAUGCGGUGACGGUCGGAUUGUUGGAAAGGAUAUUGUGUUGGCAGAAUCAACUUUUGGGCAAGUGCCUUCUGAUGAACUCACUAAGGAGGCAGUAAGCUGAGGUUGGAGUUAUCUAGUAAGUCUGAAUUAAUAGCCUCUAGUUUUGUUUUUUUUUAGUCAGAUGGGGGAAAUGAAUGUCUGCAUAGCAGGUAGCUGAAGUGUUGUGAGCUGGGCUAUAUUCCCUUUUAGCUUUUGUAUCAGGAAUAUUUCAAGUAAAAUUCUUAUUGGCAAUGUUAUGAUUAA